ACCCGCUCCCCGGACGCGUCCAGGACCCACUGCGCCGUCAGCUAUCCUCGGCCCCGGCGUGCGCCACAGACACGGUGACCCCUGCUCUGGGCGAGCCUCCUCCCCGCACCUCGACUCUACACGGCCCCGCAGCUCGAACGCCCUGAGCUAUGGACGCCCCGGAGCCGCAGCCCGACCCCGACGGCGGGGAUGGCCCCGGCCACGAGCCCGGGGGCAGUCCCCAAGACGAGCUGGACUUUUCCAUCCUCUUCGAUUAUGACUAUCUGAACCCUAUCGAAGAAGAACCGAUCGCACAUAAGGCCAUCAGCUCACCCUCCGGACUCGCAUACCCGGAUGAUGUCCUGGACUAUGGCCUCAAGCCAUGCAACCCCCUCGCCAGUCUCUCUGGCGAGCCCCCUGGCCGGUUCGGAGAGCCGGAUAGUAUAGGGUUCCAGAACUUUCUGAGCCCAGCCAAGCCAGCAGGGGCUUCGGGCCCGAGCCCUCGGAUCGAGAUCACUCCAUCCCACGAACUGAUGCAGGCAGGGGGGGCCCUCCGUGGGAGAGACGCCGGCCUGGCCCCCGAGCAGCCGGCCCUGGCCCUGGCCGGCGUGGCCGCCAGCCCGAGGUUCACCCUGCCCGUGCCCGGCUUCGAGGGCUACCGCGAGCCGCUUUGCUUGAGCCCCGCUAGCAGCGGCUCCUCUGCCAGCUUCAUUUCUGACACCUUCUCUCCCUACACCUCGCCCUGCGUCUCACCCAAUAACGCCGGGCCCGACGACCUGUGUCCCCAGUUUCAAAACAUCCCUGCUCAUUAUUCCCCCAGAACUUCUCCAAUAAUGUCACCUCGAACCAGCCUCGCCGAGGACAGCUGCCUGGGCCGACACUCGCCCGUGCCCCGUCCGGCAUCCCGCUCCUCCUCACCCGGUGCCAAGCGGAGGCAUUCGUGCGCAGAGGCCUUGGUUGCCCCUCUGCCCGCAGCCUCACCCCAGCGCUCCCGGAGCCCCUCGCCACAGCCCUCGCCUCACGUGGCACCCCAGGACGACGGCAUCCCCGCUGGGUACCCCCCCACGGCCGGCUCUGCUGUUCUCAUGGAUGCCCUCAACAGCCUGGCCACUGACUCGCCCUGCGGGAUUCCCUCCAAGAUAUGGAAGACCAGUCCUGACCCGACGCCCGUGUCCACCGCCCCGUCCAAGGCGGGCCUGGCCCGCCACAUCUACCCUACUGUGGAGUUCCUGGGGCCGUGUGAGCAGGAGGAGAGGAGGAAUUCCGCGCCGGAGUCCAUCCUGCUGGUACCACCCACCUGGCCCAAGCAGUUGGUGCCAGCCAUUCCCAUCUGCAGCAUCCCUGUGACUGCAUCCCUCCCACCACUCGAGUGGCCACUCUCCAAUCAGUCGGGCUCCUACGAGCUGCGGAUUGAGGUCCAGCCCAAGCCCCAUCACCGGGCCCACUACGAGACAGAGGGCAGCCGUGGUGCUGUCAAAGCCCCAACAGGAGGACACCCUGUGGUGCAGCUUCAUGGCUACAUGGAGAACAAGCCUCUGGGGCUUCAGAUCUUCAUUGGGACUGCGGACGAGAGGAUUCUUAAGCCGCAUGCCUUCUACCAAGUACACAGGAUCACCGGGAAGACGGUUACCACCACUAGCUAUGAAAAGAUUGUGGGCAACACCAAGGUCCUGGAGAUCCCCUUGGAGCCAAAGAACAACAUGAGGGCCACCAUCGACUGCGCAGGCAUCCUAAAGCUCCGAAACGCUGACAUCGAGCUGCGGAAGGGCGAGACAGACAUUGGCAGGAAGAACACGCGUGUGCGCCUGGUGUUCCGAGUGCAUGUCCCGGAGCCCAGUGGGCGCAUCGUCUCCCUGCAGGCUGCAUCCAACCCCAUCGAGUGCUCUCAGCGCUCUGCUCACGAGCUGCCGAUGGUGGAGAGACAAGACAUGGACAGCUGCCUGGUCUACGGCGGCCAGCAGAUGAUCCUCACGGGCCAGAACUUCACGGCAGAGUCCAAGGUUGUAUUCAUGGAGAAGACUACAGAUGGGCAGCAGAUUUGGGAGAUGGAAGCCACAGUGGAUAAAGACAAGAGCCAGCCUAACAUGCUUUUUGUUGAGAUCCCUGAGUAUCGGAACAAGCACAUCCGUGUGCCUGUGAAAGUCAACUUCUACGUCAUCAACGGAAAGAGGAAACGGAGUCAGCCACAGCACUUUACCUACCACCCAGUCCCUGCCAUCAAGACAGAGCCCAGCGAUGAAUACGAACCGUCUUUGAUCUGCAGCCCCGCCCAUGGAGGCCUGGGGAGCCAGCCCUAUUACCCACAGCACCCAAUGCUGGCCGAGUCCCCCUCCUGUCUUGUGGCUACCAUGGCCCCCUGCCAACAGUUCCGCUCGGGGCUCUCAUCCCCCGAUGCUCGAUACCAGCAGCAGAGCCCUGCAGCCGCCCUCUACCAGAGGAGCAAGAGCCUGAGCCCGGGCCUGCUGGGUUACCAACAGCCAUCCCUCCUGGCAGCACCCUUGGGUCUGGCUGAUGCCCACCGCUCUGUGUUGGUGCAUGCUGGUUCUCAGGGGCAGGGGCAAGGCUCCACCCUGCCACACACAUCCUCGGGCAGCCAGCAGGCCUCACCUGUGAUCCACUACUCACCCACCAACCAGCAGCUUCGUGGUGGGGGUCAUCAGGAGUUCCAACACAUCAUGUACUGUGAAAACUUCGCCCCCGGCUCUGCCAGGCCAGGGCCGCCUCCCAUCAACCAAGGUCAGAGGCUGAGCCCAGGCUCCUACCCCACGGUCAUCCAGCAACAGACUGCCCCGAGCCAAAGAGCUGCCAAAAACGGACCCCCAGUCAGUGACCAGAAGGAUGCUCUGCCCACGGGAGUGACAGUCAAACAGGAGCAGAACCUGGACCAGACCUACCUGGAUGACGAGUUGAUAGACACACAUCUUAGCUGGAUACAAAACAUAUUAUGAGACCCAGUGACUGGUCUUUGAUCCGAGAAAUCAAAGUGAAAGUUAACGAAAUCAUCAGGAAGGAGUUUGCAGGACCUCCCCCCCGAAAUCAGACCUAGAAACCAACAUUAUCGCACGAUGCCUUCUACUUUGGACCGCUUCUGUCUCCUCCUGCCGUCUCUGACUGGAACACUGCAGUGUGCACACAGUGCAGGCAGUUGGUGUUGGAGCCUGGGAGCCUGCUGCCUCGCAAAGAGCAUCUUAGCCGAUGUCCAUGGUGACUGGACACAAAAAGCAACUGCCUGCUGACCAAAGCCUCAUUCUCAACUCACCAGGAUGCUGAGCCUAAGACCCCGGGCUGCGCCGUUGGGAGAACCAGAGGGACUGUGAUAGCCCACAGACAUGGCUCCUAUCUCUUGGGAAGGGUCUUUAGACAGAACAACCAAGGGAGAGAGCAUGGCCCAAGAGUCCAGCUUCUGGGCUCAAGAAUCCCAGGUCUCCGUAGAAGCUGAAGGUGGACGCGCAUCUGUGGGCCACAGCAAAGCGUCAUUUUCAAGUUUCUCUUUCCAAAACCAAGCUGCCCUGCCCUGACAAGACCACCUGUCCCACCUUCUCAGCCUUAAGUUAUAACACAUGUACAUGUCUGCUAGCUUCUGGGCCUUUGUCGUGUUUUCCUCAGCUUCAAAGAGCCAACCAAGGAGGCUGCAGGCUGAGCCCUCUCGGCCAGCUGCUUCCUAACCCUGCUGCCUGCAUCAGACCUCUGGUGGGAUCCGGCUCGGGCUGCCUGUUGGGAACAAUGUUUCUGAAGGUUCCCCUCUCCACCUCCUCCACCCAGAAGUCAGGAGAACCUUCUGGGGUUUUGCAUUGACUGUUAAGGAGCUAAAACCAACAAACCCAGUCAAAACCUACAGGUAUUUGUCAUGACCGCCACCAAACAGAAGAAAGGGACUGAAAUCUCUCUGCCCUAAUCUCAAAGCAGGAAAGUGUUGGUUUCACCCCAGUUUAUAUAUUUUUUUUAACCUAAAUUCAUUUAAAGCCUCCAUGGACUCCAAACGCUGCUGUAUGAGCUGUAACUCAGGGGGAUCUACCCCAACAUCUGCCUUUCCGUGAUCAAGCCCUGCUUGGCCAGGUUGUGUGUCCUGUGGGACUCCACACUCUGCCUGCUUCAGGUAGUCCUCCAUGGUCUUCCUCCUGGUGUGGUUUUCUUCUUCCAACAGCGUUAUCCCAAUCCUGUGAGCAAGACCAUUUUCGUCCCCCUGCCUUCAUCCCAGAUGUCCCUGUUGGGCAUCUUUAUAAAGUGACUUUUUCGGCUUUGUCUGUUAGGCAGGGAACCCGAGAAGCCAGCCACAGUGGCUAAAUAGCCAUGGUUGGUUUCUUACAUCCUGGCUUUCUUGUUAAGGCCAUUUGAAAGUAAAUCUUGGGAGCUGGGCCAGCUAUGGCUGGCUCUCCAGACAGAGACCCCAUACCCAGGGUUCAGCUUGAAAAUGAGGUGUGGCUUUGUGGUCAGUACCUAUUGUGUCUCUCCCCUAGCAGCAGUACUGGGCUUUCCCUCCACCGACCCCAUGCAUCGACCUGAGCAGAAUUCUCUCUUGAACCCAGAAUGUCCGCAAGAAGUUGAGCACUAAGUCUCUGUGAUUCUAAGUACUUCCUGCUAAACCAGAAACUUUCUGCUGGCCCUUCACAGACAGGAGCUUCUGACUGGAGCAAUGCCGGCUUCUCUGGGGGAUGGCGAUGAGGGUUUGGUGAAUGAUUAGUUCGCACUUGCCCUGGCUGAGCGCCACUUUUUGCACAUGAGGGAAUCGGGCCCUUCCUCAGAUAUCUCAAAGUUUUACCCAAGUGCCUUCCUGUAAUUGUAGUCGGUAGCUCAGCUGCACUGUCCACAGGGCGACAAAGGGCUAACUCAUUUCCCAUUAGUCUUCUUGUCAGCAAAGGGGUUUCUGGUAGUUCAAACUUCUAUACCUUUGUGUGUGUGUGUGUGUGUGUGUGUGUACAUGUAUACAUUGUUCUUCCCUUUAUACUGUCUUAGCUGAACAGUUUCAGAAACCUGCUCAUAAACAAAUAUCCCAAAUAGCCAAGGAAAGAAAGCACCAGACAAAUAGGCCAGAGAAAGUGUAUGAGUGGCAGAUAGCUAUCGAGAAGGGUUGGUCAGUUACAGACUCCAGGGGAAGCGACGCCAGGUGUGAUUGCUUAGCAACCAUUUCCAGGAUGGGAAGACGCAGUCUGAUCUUAGCAAAUGAGAGAAGAUGCCGGAAGCAGUGAAGAUAAGUGUACUGCAUGUGGGUCAGAAGGAUGGAAGUAGAAGUGUGUCCUUGCUAAAUCUGUGGUGACGUUAGGGUGGCACUCUGACAGUUCCGUGUUGCUAAACGUGGCACUUUCUCUUCAAAGUCCACGGAUCUUCCUGAUUGUACAAAGACGCCGCUGCUGGGGAGUAUAUCGAUCCACCCAGAUUAGCAUGGUGUUAAAUUUUAUUUUCUUAUUUGUAUUUUGAUGCUUUUUAUCUGCCCUUAAAAAUCUCACCCCUGUUGGAGUUAGAACAUAUUUAUAAAUGGUCAGCUGUCUUUUUAAGGGUCUUUUUUUUACAUCUGUAUCUUAAUUUUCUGUAAGAGAAAUGAUAUAUUCUUGAUUUUUUUUAACAUUCUGGAAACAAAUCCAAAGACUCACCUCAGGUUCUGUCAGGACCUCCGGAUGGGAUGGGAGGGGACCUUGUAGGAGAGAACAUCUUUUUCUAGCUUGAGGAAGAUGCUUACUCCUCCAGCCUCGAGCCAGGGCUGUCCCUGAGAAUCGUGCAUGAAAGGUUUAGUUGGUGGUUUUGAUUUAAAGCCAUACAAGUCUGUCUUUCCAUUGACGAGAUCCUACGGGCAGGCUGAUAUUGACAGAGCCAACCACGUGGAGUCCUCCCAGGUGACCGAUGCACAGCACCCAAAAGAGCAGCCGCCUUUUCCUCAUCAUAGCCCCGGACAAAGUGAGCAGCUUCCUCCCAAGCCCUGGGAUAGCUUGUUAACAUGUAGCAGCCUGGUCAUCCGUCACCACCAGCCAUGGUCAGCCACCUGGUGGCGGCACCUUCACACAGAGAGGCCGGAAGCCAAUGUGUUUUAAUUGGCACUAAGAACCUAAGGGAGGCGGAGUUGGUUUAUCUUUGCACCACAGAGGGCUCAGCACCGACACACCAUUGUGGGGAGGUGGGGGGCUACUUAACAACUGUGUUCAUUUGGCACUUCAGAAAAGACACAGAGGUGGCCAGGCUAGAGUGAACAUACCUGAAUUCUCUGCUGGCAGGGAAGCCUAGAGGAACGUGACAGACACAUCCUCACCACUGGCGUCUCCCAAGCUUGGGCAUCAACCUUCAUGGACCCAAACCUGCCAGCUGCAGAGCAAGAGGUUUCCCUGCAGUCCACCCAACAGCUUAAAUAAGGCACCGUCACCUUCACCAGCUUACCCGUGCCUUGACAUAUGGCCACCAUUGUUGUCUUCAUCCAGUUUGUUUACAGCUAACUCUAAAUGAUGGGCCAAGAGUGGUGCUUCCCUGAGCACGCCCUCUGAAAUCACAGUGAAGUCCUGGGAACUGGAGUCAAAAGGGUUAAUGCUGGUUCUACACAGCGCAGGGGGGUUACGGGGGCAAAUGGAAAUAAAGGCCCCAGCCCUGCCCUCUCAGGCUUCAGAUGGACUGGGUGCAGACAGCACUGUUGGUACGUGAGGAGGAGUCCUAGCACUCUGAUUGGCCAGAGCGUUGUGUGGGAGCAUCCCAGACGUCAGAGGAUCCCUGUCCCCCUGUCAUUUCUCAGCCCUCACAGGAGUCUCACAACCCCCCAGUUCCAGAAGGUUGCCCCAGCGGGGCCUGAAGGCCGGGUUUGGGAAAAUUUCCACUGUCUAAGGAGUUGGGAUAUAUCACAUUCCUAUGCAAAACGAUUUUAAUCUUUAGUUUCAUGCAGUUUAUUUUUGCUAUAUGUAAAGUAUUUUUAUACGGCUUAUAUGAUGACAGCUUAGUAAUAAACAGUUGAGAGCAACUUUAA